CGCGUGUGAGGGGUGCGGGGUCCCGGUCGCGGCGCCCCGCCUGUCCCUGGAGAUGGCUCGGCAGGGGCUUAGCCGGGCGCUGGUCUCCGCCGCCUGGCUGUCGGAGGCGGUGCGGGCCGGGCGCGUGGGGUCCGGCCUGCGGGUGCUGGACGCCUCCUGGUACCCUCCGAAGGAGCGAAACGCCCGUCAGGAGUUCAAAGAGAGGCACAUCCCCGGGGCGUCAUUCUUCGACAUCGAGGAGUGCCGGGACAAGUCCUCCCCCUACGACUUCAUGCUGCCCAGCGAGUCCCACUUCGCCGACUACGUGGGGCAGCUGGGUGUCAGCAAUGACACCCACGUGGUGGUGUACGACGGGGACGAGGUGGGCACUUUCUACGCCCCCCGCGCCUGGUGGAUGUUCCGGGCCUUUGGGCACAAGGAGGUCUCUGUACUAAACGGUGGCUUCAAGAACUGGGUGAAGGAGGGGCACCCCGUCACGGCAGAGGUCAGCCAGCCCACCCCUGCUGUCUUCAAGGCCAGGCUAAAUAGGGCCCUGGUGAAGACUUUUGAGGAGAUGGUACAGAACGUGUCGUCCAUAAAGUUCCAGGUGGUGGAUUCCCGCCCUGAGGGCCGGUUCCGGGGGACCGAGCUGGACCAAGGGCUGGAAUCUGGCCACAUCCCUGGUGCUGUGAACAUACCCUUCAACUCAUUCCUAUCCGAAACUGGACAUGAGAAGAGUAUUGAGGAGAUCCAAGAAAUAUUCCGUGCAAAGAAAGUGGAUCUCUCAAAGCCACUGACGGCCACAUGCCGCAAAGGUGUCACGGCAUGUCAGAUUGCCUUGGCAGCCUUCCUGUGUGGCAAGCAGGAUGUGGCUGUUUAUGAUGGUUCCUGGUCAGAGUGGUUCCACCGUGCCCCACCACACUACAAGGUCUCUGAGGUGAAGCGCAACAAGGCCUAGAGGGAGAGCUUUGUCUUGGACAGUGAGAUCUAGCAGCUUUUUCCAGCCCAGAGUAAAGCGAAAGGGAGGAGAUAGAAGUAAGGAAAAAAUAUGCUGAUUUGUAUUUUGCAAAUUUUGUUAAGAAUGGUCAGUAGAUUUCUAUUAAUCUUCUGGUUUUUCUCAAUUAAUAAAAUCUAAGAUGAUGCAUCUGUGAAUAUUUUGAACUCUUCUCUGUUACCUGUAACAUGCUUGUGCUGAGUGGGAAAAGCAGCUUUGCAACAUGAAGGAGAGUUACACACUUCUGUGGAGACUUGCAGAAAUUCCAGUAGCCUGAUGAGAGCUCGGGUCAGGAGGAGGAUGAAUGAAAAGUUAGGGGCUAAAAUAUUGGACUGGAUGCGGGACACGGGAGGGUCAAGCAGUGGUUCUGUCAUUAAUGUAAGACUUUUUACCAGGCCAAUCUCUUCCCAUUUGUAAUGUGGAAAAUGGGGGUGCCUUCCAUGUGCCAACCAGAUCCAACCCAUCAGGAGAUGUGUUACCUUGCUGGCGUUCAGGAUAACCCUUUACGCCAUGUGGAUUCUGUUUCCCAUGGAGAUGGAGCUCAUAGAAGGAGGGAAUACUGUUCCCCAGCAACCAUCUCCACUCUUCAGCUUCCAUUCCACCUCUACACCUGAACUUCAGCAGGACCUACCUGCUUGUACAAAUCACUGUGACAUCACCAGGGAUCAUGGACCAGAAUCAACAGUGACAGAGAAAAGAAGCAGAUUGUGCCCUGUGAGUUAGGACUGGCUUCUUCUCUUCAUCUCUUGUGGCCCUGUUCUUUUUGUGGAAGAGGAUCUGUCCCUUAAUACCUUUGCAGAGCAUGCACCACUGACUCCUGGAGUCUGACUGAUACAGUAACUUCAGCUUCAGGAUCCCAAUAUUGUAUAAGACAUGCUACUGAAAAGAACUGGCACAGUGUAAAACCCAAGCUGGUGGUGGUUCAAGGCAGCCCUGGUGAAGCACUAGGCUUCCUACCCCACUGGCUGGUGUCUUCAUUCCAAUGACUGCCUCAAGAGCAGAAGCAACGUCAAGCUCAGUGCAAUGCAGAUUUAGACACAGAACAGAAAAGACUCACUGACUGUACUGAAGUGACAAAAAAGUCCUUGGACUGGACAUCUCUUUCAGAUUAUGAGCAGCUGGGUUACAACCUGAGAUCAAAUCUCUUCCAAGGUGGCCCACUGAAGAGCCGAAGCUUGAUGAGAGAUUCCUACACCCCUGAUAUAAUUCAGAAGGCAAUCAGAGAUCCCAAAAAUUGGCAUGGAAGGAGGAUUUAUGAGCUAGGGAAAUGGUAUGAGAAAUAUUUCCUAGAUCUUAACGUGCAGAAAGCAAUGAAGGACAAAUACGGGGAUAAAAAAGGCAAGCCUUAGAAGAUGAGGGUUGAAGACUGGAGUGCAUUCAGCAAGGGAUCUUUCUCCUCAGCCAUCUAAUAAACCUCCAUGUAAAACCUGAA